AUGUUGGUUGGAAACUUGCUCAUGCACAAGCAGUACAAGCGGAGGUGGCGGGCCGUAAAGGACCUCCGUGACGUCUAUAUCCGCUUUAACCAAGCCGAGGCCUGGUAUGAUUUGUAUGGAGUCGACCAGAACCCAGGACUGCUGGGCAAGUGGCUUGAGUACCUCCACGCCCUUAACCUUGAGCAGUUUGACUCAGACGUCUGGAAGGCCAUGCUAAAAGCCAACAAACGCCGCCCAGAGCUCACGCCGGAAGGGAUCCAGCGCAACAGCCAAGUAGCGUUCUGCCACCAAGAUAUGAAAGAAUUGUUUGUGGUGGAUGGAAUGGUUUGCUCACCCCACUUUGUAACCGGGAAUAAGAUGCGGUUUGAGAAGGUUGGUGAUCUGCUAAAGUUUCUCUUCCUUUGGGACGAAGAAAAGCGGCUAGGCUGGGGCGAUAAGCCCUAUCGAACAAUUUUACGGAAGAGCUUUGAGCUGAUCGAACGACGGCUCGGCCGUAGAAGAGCGGACCGGUGGCUGAGUGAAUUCCUGCAUCUCGUCCGCCUAACGCACUGGAUUCUCCCAUAUCCAUCAAAUGCCGCAUUCAUCACAGCAACAAAGACCAGUAACGGGCAAGGCCUAAAGGGACGAAUGAUGUGGUUCUCGGCCGUAUACACUCACCCAAGCAUAGUAGAGCUUCCAUUUAAAUCAGUGCCCAGCGCUCUCUACAAGGUUCUUUGGAACGCGCAGCGGCAGAUAUUGGGAAGUGGAAGUAGUGGAGAGAGGAUGCUGUGGGGCACAUCUCAACUUAUUUCUGCAUGCAGAGCGCAGGGAAUCCUCAUCCACGGUCUUGAGGAAGAGAGAGAGUACUGGGUAGUGGGAAAAAGGAGCGUUGGGCUGAAAGGGUUUCAGCCGUUAUGGGAGAAGGGGCUGCCGCCAAAACUAAAGAUGAUGAAGAAGAUUAGAGAUAAGAGUCUUGACGAGUUGGACGAGCUAAUGGUGGAGUUCACGCGCAUCCAAGGUGAGGGGGAUGAAAGUAUUGGUAACCAGGGAGUGACCAAUAAUAAUAAUGAAGGUGAAGUUGGCGAAAGGUCGGACGUACGGCAUAGGCGGAGCAUAAGAGAAGUAUUCAUGCGUCAUAUUGGCUCCAAUGGAGGCAGGAGUAGUCAGUCUAGUGAGAAUAUUGGAACGCCUACAGCGAGCGGGAGUGGUAGCGUUUUUAUGCCCUCUGAAAGUGUUGAUUAG